GAGGUUAGGAGAUUCUGGCAAGUGCUGGCAAAUGGACGCCAAGGUGGUUACUAGAGAUCCGAGCCCAGUUGUGACGCGCGCCGUUCACGUGACCAGGAGCCUAUGUCUGCCCAAGUCCCUCUCUCAUCCCGGUCCUUUUUGCCUGUCCAGACAACGUCUUUCUAUUACCCUUUGGUCGAGAAGGAAAGCAGAAAAUAACUGCUUGAAGAAACUUCUCAACAUGGAAAACUCAAGGAAUGAGAAUGAAGAACAACCAGAGAGCACUCUAAAGAUCGAUGAAGAAGAGCAGCCUGCAGUGGAGCAAUCUCCUGAAAAUCAGUGCUCUGAGGAGGAUCAAUCCUCAGAGGAUCUAUCCUCAGAGGAUCAGUCCUCCGAGGAGGAGUUCUUUCCUGAAGAGCUUCUGCCCGAGCUACUGCCAGAGAUGCUGCUGUCUGAAGAUCGUCCUCCGCAGGAGUGCCUCUCACAGAAGAACCUGUUCGAGGACCGUAUUCCCAUGGAGCAACCUCCCUGUGGGGUGGGCAAACAUAAGCUAGAGGAGGGAAGUUUCAAAGAAAGGCUGGCCCGUUCCCGCCCUCAAUUUAGAGGAGACAUUCAUGGCAGAAAUUUAAGUAAUGAAGAAAUGAUACGGGCAGCAGAUGAGUUGGAAGAGAUGAAGAGAGUAAGGAAUAAACUGAUGAUAAUGCAUUGGAAGGCAAAACGGAGCCGCCCUUACCCUAUUUAAUGUGCUCACUUUUCAUUGUUUUGCUUAAUAAUAGCAUUUGCUACCUGGCCCUUCUGUUUGCAUCUUCUCAUAUGCCUUUUCUCAUCUUAGUUGUAACAGUUUUAUUCAGGUUGUGCAGUUUUAUUUCAGGUGCUUGACUUGUAACUGGCACGGGUUGGUUUGUUUGUUUUUUAACCUUCUAAAAUCUAAGUGUGAUCAAUUUGCAUGGAAAGAUAUACAUUAUAUAUGUGAGGUGAUAAAAGCAAAAAAGAUAUACAUAGCAUCCCAUUUUUGUAAAAGAAAAACACAUUUAUAUAUUAAUAUGUGAAGAAAAGCUAAAAACUAUAUACUUAAAGGCUAACUAACAUUGGUUAUCUGUGUGGUAAAGAUAAUAGGUGAUUUUUAUAUUUUUUAAAUUUUGCUUUAAAGUCUCACUUUUCAUAAUGAAUACAUUUUAUUUAUGUUGCACAACAAACAAUAUAAUAAAAAAUGUGAAGCAAGUCUAAAAUCAAAACGUGUUAAUCAGCUUAUAAAGACAAUGUGCUCCUUAAUAAAUAUUUAUCAGAACUUAAAAAUUAA